UCGCUCUCCUCUCGUAGCUUCGUUCCUGUCCCAGGCUUGGCGGGUCACGAGUUGGCACCAUGACACUCCCUCUUCAUGCUGUUGUCUGCACCCGUCCCGUACCCUCCCUCACUCCUUCCCUCCUUUUCAUCCCUCCAUUCUUCCCUCCAUCCAUCUAUCGUGCCUCUGUCCAUCCUUCCCGCGAUGACUUGCCCCUCACCGCGAUGCCUGUCAAGGUUAUCAGAGGAAUCAAUGAAUUGCGAUCGCAGGCGUGUGUUGGGGUUUAAGGUGUGUUAAUUAUAGUAUCGGGAGGGGUGCGGGAGGCAGGGGUAAGGGCUGGUGAGGUACUGAGGGUGAGGGAGGCAGCAGGCCGGCAGUCGGUCAAAGGGGAGUGUCGGGAGUGGGGCGCCGCGCGGGGUAAGAAGCCUCAGUGUUGCCGCAGGGAGGGUGACGCGGUCUUAGGGCACGCGAGGAGGGCCAGUGAGGCUCCGGCAAGUGGGCGACGCGGCACUGGCACUACGGACUGCGGCGGAGCGUUCAGUGUGUUGGCUCAGGCACGCGAGGAUUACAGUGGCGGGAGGCUCCCAGUGAUCGGUGUGUUGGUGUGGCAAGUGUGUUCCUGUGUGGUGUGUGUUGUGUUGUGGGGCACGACGCGGCAGCACCGCCUGGCCCCGGCACGUGCUGGGCUGAGCCGCUCCUCAAGGGGCCUGUGUCCUGCUGGUGAUGUGAGCUCCCGUGUGCUCCUCGGGUGCCAAGUCUCAGAGUCACUAGUGGUGUGCUUGGCCGAGCCCUAACACUUUCCUCACCCGUCCACCAAGAGGAAGGUCACUGGCGGCCAUGAGUGGACACCAAGGCUCGGUGUUAUGCCCUGCACGUAACACCAGGGCUGGCGGCUGCCCAUUCUCAAUGUGUACAAGAAUGUCGGCUUGAGUGGAAACCUGAAAUUGCCGAUAUUGUGGUCGUCCGGGGAGUGUGAUUAGCAGCGGAGGGAGCGGCGGCCAGGCGAUGGUGUCCACCCUGCAAAUCACCCUUUGCAACAACCAGCCCACGCCGCAGUGGCUGGGCCGGAGCGCGUCCUGCGAGGAGACUAACCUCUUGGGGUUCCCGUCAACUUUAACUCCGACCUGCAAGACAACCUCCCUCUCCACGUCCAGCGUCCUCCGGCCCCAGGCCCCCAGCGGCCAGGUUCCUGGAAAGCCCACGUCCACACACAACUCGGCGCCCACGCCCUACAGUCCUUCCGCCGGCACCAGGUCUGCGUCAUGGUCCCCUGUCAGGUUAAAAACCAAACCAUUACCAGACUUUUUGAAGAGACUCAGUCAAGACUCUGGGUCUGGCAGCAGUUCUGGGGCAGACCAGGUGAAGGGGCCCUGGGCCAGAGUGACUGCCUCGCAGGGGGCGGCGCGACAGCCCACGAGCACAGGUGACGGCCAGGCGGCCCACGUGUCACGGUCCAUCGCGUCCCGCUGGUCGCCUGCAGCAAACAGUGACCCACCCAAAGCCGAGCGGUCCCCUAGACCACCUCGGAGAGUAUUAGGAGUCACAGUCCCCUCGGCCGCUGCGUCUGCCACGAGUCAGGAACCGCCACCGUCAGGUACGCCCCCCCAGCCAGAGUGGCGGAGGCUUAGUGGUGGGUCGCCCUCCAGCACCAGGACGGCAGUGCCUCCCUCAGGCACCAAUGACUCGCCAGCCAGAAGGAUUACUGAGUCACCGGGAGUCCUGCAAGAGGGGCUGCCGGCCGGUGUGGGACAGACGACGGUGCCGAAUGUUCAUAACUCCUCGGCACCUGCGUCAGACCAGCCUGCCGAGGCCCAGCCGGCCAGUGACCGCCGGCCGUCGUUGGGCAAGGCCAGUAAACAGUCGCCCACCGUCCCCAGGAAGAAGCUUCUGGGUGACACCGCCUGGCUGGCGGGCGCCUCGGGUUCGGCCACCAUGCCCUCCCUCAGGACGUCCUCUACUCCAUGGCAGCAGCGACCCAACCGCCUCUCAUCCUCGUCGCUGCAGUGCUUCGAGGAUAGCGUGCACAGCGGUGGCGGGCGUGAGGGCGUGGGCGGGGGUGUGAUGGAGGAUGGCGGACCCCACACCCGCGUCGCCCCAGCCUCCUCCGCCCAUCGCAAGGCUAACUCCCUCCCAGGCUACUACUCCCGGGGCGGUUCCCACCACCACCACCACCAGCCAUCCUUCCGCGAGGCCUUCAACACCAGCAAGAGUCCAACACCUCCAGCCCGAAGCGAUGCCGCCCCGGCUGCUCCGCCAAGGGGCCCCACCAGUCCCAGGGCCCCGAGAGCCGUCGCUGUUCCUUCAGUUCCCUCUCAGCAAAUGCAAAAACAAAAUAAACAACAGCAGCAGCAACGCCAGCAACAACUACAACAACAACAACAACAACAACAACAACAACAACAACAACAACAACAACAGCAACAACUGCAACAGCAACAACAAAAACAACAGCCGCAAAUUAGUAAUCUACAACAGUAUCACAAACAGCAACAGUUACUCCUGCAACAACAGCUGCAUCAGAAGCAAAUGCAGCAGCAGCUGGAAAAGCAACAACUGUGGCAGCAACAUCAGCAGCAGCAGCAACACAGGAUGCAGGAGUCGCACCGUCCAAAUGCUCAGCACCAAGCCAAGCCACAAACGCAGCCAAAAUUACCGCAGCAGGGGACGGUGCUCCCGCCAUCACAAAUUCGCCAGGCACAUCGCCAGGAACCACCUCCACCCAGACCUGUCGCUCCCAUGCCGGAGAAGAAGAGCAAAAGGUCAAUUCUGAGUGGCAUCUUUAGGCGCCGCAAGAAAGGGUCCAACAGCAGCUCCAGCAGUAGUUCCAGCAGCAGCAGCGACAGCGAAGAGCCUCCGCAGCGCCGUAGCUUCUUGCGGCGUCGAAGCAAAAAGAAAGAGAAAAAAGACACCCUCCUGCCACCCUCGCUGCUUCCUGCAGCUGAGGAUCGCAUAGGCCGCGUUAUUCCGGGGUCCGGGGAUCUGCAUGAUGGCGGCGAUUUGCGAAGACCUGGGGACAGCGGCUACCGCAGGGUGAGGGUGGUGCCGUCGGGAACAGGAAGCCUAGGAAAGGAGAGUCAGUCUCUCGGCAUACCCAUUCUGACCCCACAACCUGGCCAGCUCAGCAGGCUCGGAGUGUCAGCGUCGCACGACUCCUUGCCUCUCAGUUUGGGCUCUUGGACCGGGGGUGGAUCACACGCCUCCCUCGGCUACUACUCUGGAGGUGGCAUGGGCACGCGGAGCUCCAGCACUGACACCAUCAGCAAGAAGGAGCGACGCGAGGCCCUGAAGGCGCGCGUGGAACGGCUGCGGGAGAGGAUUCGUGACACCAGCUCCGACGAUGAGAAGGCGUCUGUAUCCUCCCACUCAAUGUACGGGAGUGAGUCAAGCCUCAGCAAAUCAGGUUCCUUGAGUCGCAGGUCAAGGGCGGCGCGGACUGAACGUUUUUUGAGGCGCAAGUCUUACGAACUCGAAACACUGAGGAACGAGACGGAGAAGGACAGGCGCAACAGGGAGGCGGUGCAGGCCCGGAUUGAAGAGAUCCAGCGCGUGCGGGAAUUUGAGGCGAAGAGAAACAAAUUGAAUGAGGAGAGGAAGAACCAGACUGUUGCCAAAACCAAGCCACGUUGGUCGGCCAAGUUAGUCUACCAGGAAUCCAGCGAGUACGAGUCGUCUGUCCUGCUUCGAACGCCCUCCGUGAGCCCAGCAGCGAGUCCCCACAUGAAGGCCAAGUUUGACGGACACUCGAGGGACGGCGUGGUGAUGAGGAACAAGCAGCCGCCCGUUAACACGUCGGUGACGGUCUCGCUAGGGCUGCCGUCUGGCACUCCAUCUAGAAGAAGCUUCCAGGACUUUGAAGCACCUGGGAGCAACACUUUCCGGGGUCACCGGAGUGCUUCGUACGACAGCAACAUCAAUAGGAAUUCCUUCGUCAUGUAUCCACCUCCAGGACCCGCAUCUAGCAGUGGACCUACGAUGAACAGGUCCGGCCUCACCCCUCCAGCACCCCCGCCUCGCGAUAGGAGCAGAAUAUUGUCACCCUGUGAUGGGAGGCCGAUGUCGUUCUCGUUCGAGAGCUUGAACCAGGAUGCCCAGCGGCCAAACUCUAGCCAGUCCAGCAUGAGUAAUUUCACCAAAGGUUCGAGUCCUAGCCCCAGCGUACGGUCCGUGCCAGCCUACUUGGGUCCGCGGACCAAUGCCCAGGUCCCAGGACCCACGCCUCCACUAGCACCCACCCGUCGCUCUUUCUCUGAGCUAGAGCUGUCGCAGCAACAGCAGUUGGAGGCCAGGAGUGGAUUCAACGCCCCGCCUGCUAGACCUGCGCCUCCGGGCGGCUAUCCAAACUCACCGUAUAGAUACACCGACCAACCCCCGAGACCUGCCCAACAAAAUCAUUAUUAUCGGCCAACACAACAGCAGCAGCAGCAGCAGCAGCCGAGCCAGCAAGUGCAGUACUACACAGAUCAGUCACCUCAGCACACCAAGACUGUACCUAUUAGCAGUGUGCCUGCUUCGCCUUCUUCAGACUAUUCUUCGUACAUGAGUGACAACAGCAUCAGGCUGCAGCAAGCCAACACGGCGUGGAGACAAAAAGAACAGGAAAUUAAAACCAAAGUUUCUGUGUCGCCGAGCACAGCCCCGCCGGCAGUGAGCGACUCUUCACGUUCAAACAGCCCCAAAGUAGAGAACGGAGUGGCUUCAUCCCCAGGCAAACAGUUGCAGCAGCAGCAGCAGCAGCAGGGUGAGGGAAUAUAUGGCAUUAUUGAAACCAAAAAGCCACGGCCGGCUCCCAUCACCAUCAAGCAGGCCGAGUCCCUCAGCUCCCUCUCCGGCCAGAGUGACAUGUCCAGCCCAGCCCCGCGCGGUCCAGAUUCCGACUCCGGCCAGGGCAGCCUGGCACGGGACAAAAAGAAGCUGGCCCAGACUAGGCCACUCUCCAUGGUGCUGGAGAAGGCAGAAUCCGGGGAAAAGGAGACACCCCCAGGCACCCCGAGGGCCCGGCCGCAGCCCCCUAUGAGAGGCGCCUUGCAGCCAGCGUCCCAGGGACGUGAAGCGACGAAGCGUAAUAAGCUAGAAGACAUUAUCAAACACAAAUUGGACUUGAAAGCGGAAAAGAGUAUAAGUCACAAGGAGUUCGAAAACAUCAUUCAAAAGGAGAAAGAAAAAUUGCAGAAGAGCAAGUGUAGCAAUUUUGAGGAGGCAUUGAAAGAGCUAGAGGAAAUCUAUGCUAGUCUCAAGCUGGACAGCGAGGAUUUGAUGGACGGAGCUGAGCGACGCGACCUUCCUGUGCAGCACCAAGCCCUGCGAGGUGAGCCUUUGAGUGACCAAAGGGACCUCGUCAGCGACAGCAACACUUCACUCCAGGAUAAUGAACGGACUCGCUCGCUGUCGGGGAGGAGAUCGGGCGUUCCUGACAUGAAAGCUGAUGACAUGCAUUUCCGUAGAUGUCAGCAGGGUACCCGCAAUCAGCCAGACGUGCAGAAGGCGCUGCAGAUGACCGGCAGCUACCUGCUUGUGUCACCUGCCCACGUAACACCAUCAGACUUUGACAAAGACCUCCCUAAAGACCCAAUGCUGGAAGGGGAACCAGAUGUUGUGUAUGACGACGUGUCAUACAGGAACAUCAAGCAGGCCAACUCCAUCAAAAUCAUUGACCCGCAGCCACCAUUUGGCAUCCCUCUAGGGCCCACCACCCAGGCCUCUCCCAACGACUAUCUGCACGUGACUCCCAAAGAAAACUACCGCCCCAAGAUGAUCUCCAGGAAGCAGCCAGACACCGCCAUGGACGAUCUAGCCUUCAGGAACCUGAGGAAGGAUAAAGGCAACAAAGAAGUCAACACUUCCGAGCUGGACGAGCUUCUGUGUGAGGCUCGGACAGGCUCUCCCAGACGUCGGACGGCUCGCUCCGCCUCGGCCGACAGGGCCCAGGGCCUACGCAGCGAUGCUGAGCGGGGACUGAAGCAGCAGACGCCCCGGCAGGUGAAGCAGCAUCACGAGGCGCGACGUGUAGGUGGUCAAAAGGAGAGCAUGACGGACAGUGAAGCCACGACGGGGCUCAGCCCGGUCAGUGCGCGCCACAACCCCAGUUGGCUGGAACGAGCCCAUCUGGUGGACCCCAAGUGGGACAUCAGCACCAACAACCUUAGCACCAGCACGGAGACCCUGACGGAGCUGUCAUCGGCCCGUGCAGUGUCUCAGCCGGACAUCCGUCAAGCCAUCAUCCGCGAGGCCCGCGCGCCAACGGGAGGCCCUCAUGAGCUGACUGACGGGGAGCUGCACCACGUCGUUGUCACCUCCGUGGCCACGCCCGCCACCGUCACGCUGGCCACCAUCACCGUGCCCCGCCUCGUCAAGGUGCAUACCGUCCACAGCGCUCCGGCCUCGCCUGUCAUCCUGGACAGCAAGACCAACCGGCCCAUCGAGUCCAUCUUCAACAGCAAGCCAAAGCCUUUCUACCUGUCUAAUGCUGCCAUUGAGCAGCAACCGCAAAGCCCGGAGCGAAAGGAACAGGAACAACAGCAGCCUCAGCCACAGCAGCAGAAGCAGGAACAGCAACAACAACAACGGCAGCAGCAUAAGCAGGAGACACAGCAACAGCAGAAACCACAGCAGCAGCAGGAUCAAGUGGACAUCGCCAAGCUGGACGCCCUCAUCUCCACACUCAGCACUGUGGAUGCCCCUGACAUUGUUUCUGACGCCUCCGACGCGUCCUCGGAAGGUACAGACAUCCCUCCGCCCACAGACUUUGCAGUGAACGAACUGAAAAUAUCCGAACCCGCCCUUGAAAACGUGCCUGAGCCCCAAACGGUCGCGUCGCUUCCCUCUCGGAAAAGUAGUGUAGAUUAUGAAUACAACAGUGCCAAAGCCAAUGUCACGAAGGCCAUCAGGCUGUCCAUGGCCAUGGAGUCUUAUAGCAGUGAAGGUAAAGAGGUUUGUUCUCGUAGGCGUAGUGCUGUAGAUCUGCCAGUGCGGGAGAGCCUUCCUUCCCCCGACGGCACCUCCAUCUCUUCCACUAAUAUUCUCUCCUUCUUGAGUCUUAACCCGGCGAGUGGCGGCGACGGCGACGCGACGGAGCCGAAGUCUUCUCAGGCCGCCGCGCCUCAGGCCACCCCCGCCAAGGCUUCCACCUGUACUGAUAGAGUAGAGUCCAUGGUAGUAGUGUCGCAGGAGGUGCAUGGUAGAGCCCGACGCUCCCGCUCUGUGCCCACCUCACCGAGGACAGUCGACACAGCGCCUGUGCUGGGUAAGAGCUUUGCUAAACCACUUAUUAAUGAAGCGGAAGUGUCCACUGACGGUGAGGUGGAGUCCGGCCCGGAGCAUGAAGGUGCCACUCCGAACAGUGUCUCUGCCUCCCUCGCCUUGCCCGGGCAAGGUGGUGACACCCUCUCUCUUCCCUCUUCCUCCACUGUCGCACCAGACACGGCUCAGUCUCUCUCGGAAAAACAGACGAGCACAAAUCAAAAUACAUUAAUUGCAUGUGAAACUCAAGCUGUCUCUCAAACCCUUUCCUCUAACGACGCUCGUGCCCGCGCUGCCUGCGAGAAUGUUGAGAGCGAGUCAAAGGCUGGGGACGCUGCACCUCCCCCUGCCGCCAAGCUGUCCUCUUCUGCCAAGGCUCCCCCGCCCCCCGUGCGCCUCUCCUCCCUUCCGCCUUCCCCGACCCUUCGUGGGGGCUCAGGUCUCCAGCGCCCGUCCGGCCCGCCUUCCCCUGUGUGUGGCGGCGAGGCGAGUCGGGAACAGCGGGUGCGGGGAGCCAGUGAGCCCCUGCAGCGGCAGGUCAAUGGGGCGAGCGGUUCCGAGAGUGAGGCAAGCGAUGGUGUGGUAAGGGCGGGGUCUCUGCCGCCAGUCCAGCGCCCGCCCACCGACUCCAAGGGGCUUGACCAGAGCCACGGGUUGGCUGGCGCUGCAGGGCCGCGGUCUUGUGCUUCAGGUUGCUCACAAUCCUCCCCACCCACUGCCUCCAAGUCCCACAUCCUCGACCCGCUGCCUCCCUCCUCCCAACUUUCCUUCAUCUACCUGAACACGAGCCCACCGAGACCCGCCAUGUGAACCCCCGCCCAUAAGGCUCAGGUGACGCUGCCCGCUGCUGUAAUAGGCUCCCCCGAGAGGCACUAGUGACUCCCUCCCUUGGCCGUACAGGUGUGCCAGGUGCUCGUGAUUACCUGUCCCUCAAGGUGCUGUGGAGCCGUGUGCAGGGCUGGCUCAGGUGUCAAGUGAGUCACCGAUAUCCAGCAUGUUGACUUCAGUUAGUUGUUUUGCGUCUCAACUGUAUUCUUGUAAGUCUCGACCUUCCUGUUAAUCCUUGCCACAUAUUAAAGACCUCAUUGUUUUCGUUGUUUUCCAUGAUUAACGUGAAUCUUAGUAAGUCUGCCGCGCUGUGUCUGGUGAGUGUGGUCCGAGUUAGUGGCUCCUCCCUUCGCUACGUCCUCGUCGUUGCCGUCCUCUGCCUCCACACCCCAAUUCGUCCCUUGGGCUUCCCGAUCAUGGCUACCUCCCCGACCAUUCCUCUCUUCCCCCUGCUGACGCUCCCUCGCUUUCCCGUUCUCAGGUUAUUGACGUGUGGUAUACAUGUGUACGUGUGAACACCUGAUUAUUUGAAGCAUCUCACUUAAUAUCAACUCAUUUUACAAGUUGCGUUUGUGUUGAAGUUUUCGAGUGAUGUUUGGCGGCACUCUUUUCAAAGCCACAAGGACUCAUCCGCCACCGAGGUAGAAAGUGUCAUAUCACACUCCAUGUUUUCAUAUUUUAAUUAACACGCUGGAGGGUCGCGGUGCAAGGCCAACACCGCGACACCCUUGAUGAAAACACGUCCACUCAUGUUCUCUUGUUGAUUGGUUGAUUCCCUGCCACGCACCGGCUCACGCACCUGUAUAUCUGUCCGUCUGUGUGUGUGUGUGUGUGUGUGUGUGUGUGUGUGUGUGUGUGUGUUUUAAAUCCUGCAGCGUCUAAGGAGCCGUCGUGUCCUUCCUGCCGGAGGUGUGUUGAGAUAUCCUGCGUCCUGCGAGAUUGCCCGGCGGGAGGCUUCAAGAAUAUAUGAUAGAAACCCUCAAUAACUCGCCAUCACGACCUGCAACACGUCCCUCUGAGGUCUUACCCUUCAACACGUAAUGAAAAGUAGAACGCCAAGUCAUGCGCGCAAGAGAACGUGACUACUACAAGUUGUCGUAAAUAGCGUAUACAUAUAAGUCGCCUCGCUCAGUAUCACAUCGCUUGCCAUCUUCCAUCCCAGCGCGUCUCGUUAGCUGUAUAGCGUAAUUAACCUCUUAAAGGACGUACGUAUCCGUGAAAAAGGUGCCACGUGAACCAGUGCUCGUGAAAGCUUCCCUUAAGACGUCUCAGUAAUAAAUACUUUAAAAUCACAAGGCCGUAAGUGCUAAUUUUUGAAAGAAUGAAUAUUGCUUGAACGGUUUAGCUUAAAAACACUCUUGAGCCAUUGUUAUGUUCAGGCCUCUGGUACCAUGAGUCGUACUGUUCCAAAUCACACCGCAAGACAAAGCACUCUGACAGGACCUACUGCUGUCAAAAUCUUUCACUAUAGGUUUUGGCGACGCUCGCGGCCUUUUGGUUUUAGAGAACAUGUUUUACUCCAUCGAAGCUCCUCUGCUUCCCGCCGCCGCCGCGAGGCCGAGGGCAGCGCGUCGUCCCGCCGUCCUGAGUCCUGAGUCCUGAGUACAAGCAGCGAGUCCUCGGUGCCGCGUGGUGCUACUUGUAUGACCCCCUUCCCCCCAGUGCUCACCCGUUCAGGAGGCACACGUGUACGUGCGCACACAACACAAACGCACACAAGCACUCAAAGCUCGUAUUGUCUUUUCUUCGUUCCACAUAACCUGAAGAACAGAUCAGUGUAUAUAUAUAUAU